AUGAUUGACUUCGAUUUCAAGAACGAUAGCAUAGGGCAGCUCAUGGACUAUCCCACCAAGACUUUCUAUUCUCCCAGAAGCCUCCAGCACAAGCGCAAUAAAAAACUCAAGACUUUGUCUCUUAUGAUGAGCAUGCUAAUGGAGAACUCCUUGAGGUCUACGGAGUACUGGCAUGUUAUUGAAUCUGGUGUUGUAGCACUUGCUGUUGGAGUGGCACAAACAGAAGCACAAAAAACAGAAAAAGAAACUUCCAAGGAUAUUUGGGAUUCAAUGAAGAAAAAAUACCAAGGCUCUUCCAAAGUUAAGUGUGCACAGCUUCAAGCCUUAAGAAGGGAUUUUGCAACUCUACAAAUGAAGGAUGGUAUAUAUGUUACCAACUAUUGUGCAAGGACCAUGGGGAUAGCCAACAAAAUGAGAUUCCAUGGUGAGAAGAUGGAAGAUGUUGCCAUUGUUGAAAAGAUAUUACGUUCUUUGACACCAAAGUUCGACUAUGUUGCCUGUUCAAUUGAAGAAUACAAAGACAUAGAUGCAAUGUCCCUUGAUGAGCAUCAAAGUUCCUUAUUGGUCCAUGAGCAAAAGAUGAACAAAAAUUUAGCAACAGAUGAGCAACCUCUAAAGGCUUCCACCUUCACUCAAUUCUCAAAUUUUAGAGGAAGGGAAAGAGGUACAGGUAGAGGAAGAGGAGGUCGAGGUAAUAGAGAUGGCAGCAGACAAUCUCAAAAUUUUAAAGUUCAUGAUGAUCAAGGCAAAGCUAGAGGACGUGGUCAGCACUUUGACAAAUCCAAGAAAAAGGGAGAGAAAUCGAAUUUUGUAGAAAAUAAAGGAGUGGAAACUUUGUUGAUGACGGUUCAAGUCAGUGAGGAACCUCAGUCAGAUGUAUGGUAUGUAGAUACAGGUUGCAGUAAUCACAUGUGUGGAAUAAGUUUUGGUGAUUAUUCCACUGUGAAUGUAAUGGGAGAAGGUGAUAUUAGUAUAAGAACCAAGAACGGUUUUUUAGAGACAAUUUCUAAUGUUUUUUACGUUCAUGAUUUGAGCAAUUUGUUAAGUGCUGGACAAUUACAAGAAAAAGGUUAUGUAAUUACUAUCAAGAAUGGUGCGUGUCAGAUAUAUGAUCUUUCUAAGGGAGCCAUUGCUAUUGUUCAAAUGAGUUCAUACAGGUUGUUUCCGUUGAAGUUCGUAGGUGUGAACCUUCCUUUAUGGUUGAAGUGA